AUGGCUCUGGUGGUGACACUGCUGGGCUACUCGGCUGCAGUCGAAGUCAAGUUGGCUGCUAAUGUUUCAAUCCCGACGCCAAUCAUUGGUGAUGCCAUCUUUGAGGACAUCGAGACACCGGCCCCGAUCAUCGGCGACGGCAUUUUCGAGGACCUCGAAAACAUCACCACCGGCGCUAACCACCGAUAUCUGCAGGCGGCGUACCCGCCCAACGGGUUCCAGGCCGAACUACUCAAUGCUGUGAACCGCGAACGUGCUGCGCAAGGACUAUCCCCGCUGUGCAUGAACACGAAGCUGCAGAACGCCGCCCAGGGCCACUCGGACGACAUGGCUGCGAAAGAUUACAUGAGCCACACGGGCUCGGAUGGCUCGAAGAUGUCGGAGCGGAUCCAGCGUGCAGGUUAUGACCGCACUGCUGCCGGUGAGAACGUCGCGGCCGGCCACACAUCGGUGGAGGAAGUGAUGACGGCAUGGAUGCACUCUCCUCGCCACCGUGACAAUAUUUUGCGCAAGAAGUUCACCAUGUUCGGCUGUGGUUACGCGUACACCGAGAGCUCGACGUACAAGCACUACUGGACGCAGAACUUCGGUAGAAGUAACACGGAGAAGUGCUCGUAA